AUGAUGAUGGCCAGAAAGCAAGAUGUCCGCGUCCCCACCUACAACGUUAGCGUGGUGGGAUUAUCCGGGACGGAGAAAGAGAAAGGACAAUGUGGGAUUGGGAAAUCCUGCCUCUGCAACCGCUUCGUCCGGCCCAGCGCGGACGAGUUCCACCUGGACCACACCUCGGUCCUCAGCACCAGUGACUUUGGGGGAAGGGUGGUCAACAACGACCACUUCCUUUACUGGGGGGAGGUCACACGGUCCCUGGAGGACUGUGUGGAUUGUAGGACUCACGUGGUGGAGCAGACGGAGUUCAUUGAUGACCAGACUUUCCAACCCCACCGCAGCACGGCCCUCCAGCCCUACAUCAAGAGGGCGGCGGCCACCAAGUUGGCCUCGGCCGAGAAGCUGAUGUAUUUUUGCACUGACCAGUUGGGGUUGGAGCAGGACUUUGAGCAGAAGCAGAUGCCCGAGGGGAAGCUGCUGGUGGACGGGUUCCUCCUCUGCAUCGACGUCAGCAGGGGGAUGAACAGGAACUUCGACGAGCAGCUCAAGUUCGUCUCCAACCUCUACAACCAAGUGGCCAAGACCAAGAAACCCGUGGUGGUCGUGCUGACCAAGUGCGACGAGGGGGUGGAACGUUACAUCCGGGACGCCCACACUUUUGCCUUAAGCAAGAAGAACCUCCAAGUGGUGGAGACCUCGGCCAGGUCCAACGUCAACAUCGACUUGGCCUUCAGCACUUUGGUGCAGCUGAUCGACAAGAGCCGGGGCAAGGCCAAGAUCAUCCCCUACUUCGAGGCCCUCAAGCAGCAGAGCCAGCAGAUCGCGGCCUCCAAGGACAAGUACGAGUGGCUGGUGGGUCGGAUCGUCAAGAACCACAACGAGACCUGGUCCCACGUCAGCAGGGAGAUGCAAAACUCCCCCGAGUACCAGGAUUACGUCUACUUGGAAGGGACCCAGAAGGCCAAGAAGCUCUUCCUGCAGCACGUCCACCGCCUCAAGCAGGAGCACAUCGAGCGGCGGCGCAAGAUGUAUCUGGCCGUGCUGCCCCAGGCCUUUGAAGCCCUCAUCCCAGACCUGGAUGAGAUCGACCACCUGAGCUGCCUGAAGGUGGAGAAGCUCCUGGAGACCAAGGCGGAUUUCCUCAAGUGGUUCGUGGUGCUGGAGGAGACUCCUUGGGACGCCACCAGCCACGUGGACAACAUGGAGAACGAGCGGAUCCCCUUCGACCUGAUGGAGACCCCACCUGCCAAGCAGCUCUACGAGGCCCACCUGGAGAAACUGAGGAACGAGAGGAAAAGGGCAGAGAUGAGAAGGGCCUUCAAGGAGAACUUGGAGACCUCUCCCUUCAUCACGCCCGGGAAGCCCUGGGAGGAGGCCAGGAGCUUCAUCAUGAACGAGGACUUUUACAUGUGGCUGGAAGAGUCCAUCUACAUGGACAUCUACAGCAAGCACCAGAAGCAGAUCAUAGAGAAGGCCAAGGAGGAAUUCCAGGAGCUCCUCCUGGAAUACUCGGAGCUGUUUUACGAACUGGAGCUGGACGCCAAGCCCAGCAAGGAGAAGAUGGGAGUCAUCCAGGAGGUGCUGGGCGAGGAGCAAAGGUUCAAAGCUCUUCAGAAGCUCCAGGCCGAGCGGGACGCCCUGAUCUUGAAGCACAUCCACUUUGUCUACCACCCCACCAAGGAGACGUGUCCCAGCUGCCCCCUCUGCGUCGACUCCAGGAUCGAGCACCUGAUCAGCUCCCGCUUCAUCCGCCCCUCGGAGCGCAACCAGAAGAACCUGCUGGCGGAUCCCAACGUGGACAAACUCAACCUGGUCAUCCUGGGCAAGGACGGGUUGGCCCGCGAGUUGGCCAACGAGAUCAGGGCCCUCUGCACCAACGACGACAAGUACGUGAUCGAGGGCAAGAUGUACGAGUUGUCCCUCCGGCCCAUCGAGGGCAACGUCCGCCUCCCCGUCAACUCCUUCCAGACCCCCACCUUCCAGCCCCACGGCUGCCUCUGCCUCUACAACUCCAAGGAGUCCCUCUCCUACGUGGUGGAGAGCAUCGAGAAGAGCCGCGAGUCCACCAUGGGCAGGAGGGACAACCACUUGGCCCCCCUGCCUCUCACCCUCAUCCUGGUCAACAAGAGGGGGGACACGAGCGGGGAGACCCUGCACAGCCUGAUCCAGCAGGGCCAGCAGGUGGCCAGCAAACUCCAGUGUGUCUUCCUGGCCCCCGCCUCCGCCGGCAUCGGCUACGGCCGCAACAUCAACGAGAAGCAGAUCGGGCAGGUCCUCAAAGGGCUCUUGGACUCCAAAAGGAACCUCAACCUGGUGGGCUCCACCACCCCCAGCCUGAAGGAACUGGCCGACGUUGACCUGCGCGUCGUCAUGUGCCUGAUGUGCGGCGACCCCUUCAGCGCCGACGACAUCCUGCUCCCCAUCCUGCAGUCCCAGACCUACCGACCCUCCCCCUGCGCCAGCGCCAGCUCCGUCCUCCUGGAAUUGUCCAUCGGGCCCCACCGGAGGAGGGUGGAGCUUUCCCUCUUGUCCUACCAUUCCUCCUUCAGCAUCCGGAAGAGCCGCUUGGUCCACGGAUACAUCGUCUUCUACUCGGCCAAGCGCAAGGCCUCGCUGGCCACGCUCCGCGCCUUCCUCUGCGAGGUGCAGGACAUCAUCCCCAUCCAGGUGGUGGCCUUGACCGACGGCUCCUUGGACAUCCUGGACAACGACCUGAGCCGGGAGCAGUUGACCGAGGGCGAGGAGAUCGCCCAAGAGAUCGACGGCAAGUUCACCACCAUCCCUUGCAGCCAACCCCAGCACAAGCUGGAGAUCUUCCACUCCUUCUUCAAGGACGUGGUGGAGAAGAAGACCAUCAUCGAGGCCACCCACAUGUACGACAACGUGGCCGAGGCCUGCAGCACCACCGAGGAGGUCUUCAACUCCCCCCGGGCUGGUUCCCCUCUCUGCAACUCCAACCUGCAGGACUCGGAGGAGGACAUCGAGCCCCCCACUUACAGCCCCUUCAGAGAAGACCCCUCCAUGCCCACCCUGCCCAAAGACCACUCAAAGCUUUCCAUGGAGCUGGAAGGCAAUGACAGCUUGUCCUUCAUCUCCGCCGUCAGCACUUUUGAGAGCAAACUGAACAACAAGGUCCCACCCCCGGUGAAGCCGAAACCCCCCGUCCAUUUUGACCUCACCAAGGGGGACUUGGCCUACCUGGACCAAGGCCACCGGGACGGACAGAGGAAAUCAGUGUCCUCCAGCACUUGGUUGCCCACCGACUGCUUCGACCCCUCAGAUUACGCCGAGCCCAUGGACGCGGUGGUGAAGCCCCGGAACGAGGAGGAAAACAUCUACUCGGUGCCCCACGACAGCACCCAGGGCAAGAUCAUCACCAUCCGCAACAUCAACAAGGCCCAGUCCAACGGGAGCGGCAACGGCUCCGACAGCGAGAUGGACACCAGCUCCUUGGAGAGGGGCAAGAAGGUGUUGGGGGUCACCAAACCCGCGCUCUACCGGGCGCGUUGCGCCAGGUUGGGGCGUUUCGCCGGUUACCGGGGGAGCCUGAGUUUGGGGAGUGAUGAUGAGUUGGGUCCCAUCCGGAAGAAGGAAGAGGAUCCCAGUUCCCAAGGGUACAAAGGGGACAACGCCGUCAUUCCCUACGAGGCGGCCGACGGGGAGGACCCCAGGAGGAGGAACAUCCUGAGGAGCUUGAGGAGAACCACCAAGAAGCCAAAGCCCAAACCUCGGCCGUCCCUCACCAAGGCCACCUGGGAGAGCAGCUACUUCGGGGUCCCCUUGACCUCGGUGGUGACCCCGGAGAGGCCCAUCCCCCUCUUCAUCGAGAGGUGCAUCGAGUACAUCGAGGCCACAGGCCUCAGCACCGAAGGCAUUUACCGCGUCAGCGGCAACAAGUCGGAGAUGGAGAUCUGCAGCGCCCAGUUUGACCAGGGUAACCCCCCCAACCCUUCCAUGGACAACCCCCCCAUCCCCUCCCCCACCCUCCUUGGGGGUGGGGGGAGGUGGGGUCCUGCUGCACCUCCCCCACCCUCUCCCCUUCCCCUCCUCCCAGAAAUCAACGACAGGGAGCAGAAGCUCCACGCCCUGAAGGAGGUUCUCAAGAAGUUCCCCAAGGAGAACUACGAGGUCUUCAAAUACGUCAUCGGCCACUUGAACAAGGUCAGCCACAACCACCGAGUCAACCUGAUGACCAGUGAGAACCUCUCCAUCUGCUUCUGGCCCACCUUGAUGAGACCCGACUUCAGCACCAUGGACGCCCUGACGGCCACGCGCACCUACCAGACAAUCAUCGAACUCUUCAUCCACCAGUGCCCCUUUUUUUUCUACAACAGGCCCAUCCUUGACCCCCCCAACGCUGCUCCAGCUUCUCCAUCCACUGCUUCUCCUGCUGGUCCCUUCCUUCCCACCACCCCAGCCGUGGGCCAAGGGUCUUCUCCUCCCCGUACCCCCCCGCCCUCGCCGCAGUCGCCCGUCCAACCCCUCCUCCCGGCCCAGCUCCAUGCUGAGCAGCACACGCUGUGA